AUGUCUGUUGAACCUAAAGAACUUUACUACCAGGACCUUGUCCUAGACCACAACAAUCAGCAGGGCACAGGAGGAGGAUCUGACAUGUACGAAAAGCACUUUUCCUCAUCCUUAAUCCCUGCAGGUUCAACACCAUAUGAUUCGCAGCCCUUUGAUCCCUCCUACAUGAGCUUCACUGAGUGUUUGCAAGGGGGCAUGGACUACAAUUCUCUUGCAACUUCUUUCGGCCUCUCUCCUUCCUCAUCAGAGGUUUUCUCAUCUGUUGAAGGGAACCACAAGCCUGCAGAAGGAGGAGAUGGAGGUGCUGGUUGUGGUGGUGGCAGUGAAACCCUUGCGACCCUUAACUCAUCUAUCUCUUCUUCAUCUUCUGAAGCCGGGGCUGAAGAAGACUCAGGAAAGAGCAAAAAAGAUAGGCAGGUGAAAGCAGAAGAAGGAGGAGGAGGAGAAAACUCUAAGAAAGGGAACAAGGAUAAGAAGAAAGGAGAGAAGAAACAGAAGGAGCCAAGGUUUGCCUUCAUGACCAAGAGUGAGGUCGAUCACCUUGAAGAUGGAUACAGAUGGAGAAAAUAUGGACAGAAAGCUGUCAAGAAUAGCCCUUACCCAAGGAGCUACUACAGGUGCACUACACAGAAGUGCACAGUGAAGAAACGCGUGGAGAGGUCAUUUCAGGACCCAACCACUGUGAUAACAACGUAUGAAGGUCAGCACAACCAUCCGGUCCCCACAUCGCUGAGAGGGAAUGCGGCCGCAGGAAUGUUCACACCUUCUUUGCUCGCCACACCAACUCCACUCGCAGCCGGGUCAAACUUCCCUCAAGAUCUCUUCCUUCACAUGCACCAUCACCACCCUCAUCAUCACAUUCACAACACCCUCUUCACCACACAAUCAACAAACUCUGUUGCUACUACUACCACUACUGUUACUACUGCUGCUGCUGGUGCUAUUCCUCCCUCCAUUUACUCUUCCUAUAACGUUAACAACUCUCUUCUUCACAGCCAGUAUCUUCCUUCUGAAUAUGGCCUCCUUCAAGACAUAGUCCCCUCCAUGUUUCACAACAAGACACACCACCAGAAUUAA